UAACCACAAGAUCCGCCUCCUAGUAGGCAGGAGAAGAGAUUGUGGAAGUUGGCGCCAAAACAGUCUAGUCACCCCUCGUGUCUGACAAGCUGAACUCCCGCAGGAUAACAAUGAUCGGGCAGAAAUCCAUCAUCGCCUUCUUCCCCAAGAAGAGAUCCUCCUCUGAGGCGUUCACAGAAGCGGAUGGGUGCAGGGGAGAGAUCACACCCGAGAAAAAGACCAGACCACAAGAGGAUGACCUGACCCCUAAAGUUGCAUCGCCUCCCCUUAGCCCUGAGCAGCUAGAUCGGAUCCAAAGGAACAAAGCUGCAGCUCUACAGAAGCUCGCAGCUCGCCAUGUGCCUGAGGGCUUCGGGGAGACCUGGAAGCAGGAGUUGCUAGCAGAGUUUACUAAGCCUUACUUCAUAAAGCUUUCUAGUGUUAUUGCAGAAGAGCGGAAGCGAUGGACUGUGUACCCUCCUGUAGAUCAAGUGUUUACCUGGACUCAGAUGUGUGAUAUUAGAGAUGUGAAGGUUGUCAUUUUGGGACAGGAUCCUUAUCGGCCCAACCAAGCUCAUGGGUUGUGCUUUAGUGUUAAAAAACCUGUACCACCACCACCCAGCUUGGAAAACAUGUACAAGGAGCUGCAGACAGAUAUUGAGGGCUUUGUUCACCCAGGACAUGGAGAUCUGACUGGGUGGGCUAAGCAAGGAGUUCUUCUCUUAAAUGCUGUUCUAACAGUGCGUGCACACAAUGCAAACUCUCACAGGGACAAAGGCUGGGAACAGUUUACUGACUCAGUAGUGUCCUGGCUAAACAAGAACCUGGAUGGCUUGGUCUUUAUGCUCUGGGGAGCGUAUGCUCAGAAGAAAGGCAUUGGUAUAGACAGAAAACGUCAUCUUGUUCUUCAGACUGUUCAUCCUUCUCCCCUGUCAUCGCACAGAGGCUUUUUUGGCUGUUCUCAUUUCUCCAAAACAAAUGCCUAUUUGGAAAAGUUGGGUAAAAAACCAAUUGACUGGAAAGCUUUAUGAUCUGUAUGAGCACUAUCCAUUUUAUGAAGACUAGCCCUACAGUUUGCAGCAUAUGUUCUUCAUAGAUCAGUUCCUUGUCUUUGCAGUGCACAGUCUCAGAUGAAGACAUUACUGUUCUGUUAAUACAUGGAAAACCUUAGAUUGCAAUACAUAAUACUACAAAUCAUCAUCUGUUGAAGGAAGCUAAUACAAGCACUAUCCUGUAUCAACUAGAGUUUGUGUUCAGUCAGGAUGUCUAUUUUGUUGAUGUCAAUAUAUUUUGACUAUCAUUUAAUGUUAAUACCUCUUAUUCAUGUUUAACGCAUUGCAUGAACAUCUAAUGCAAGUGCAAAGGACGGGUACCAAGCUAGACCAUAGUAUUUUAGGAAUAAUAAUUUUCAGCCUUAGUAAGGUCACUAUUGCAUAAAGCAAUAGACAUUUCCUCAUACUGUUUUUCUUCUUUUUUAAUACAUUUAAAGUUUGUAAAUAGUUUGUAUAUUAAAGAAUAUUUUGUCAAAAGGUUGUUUUAUGUUGAGGGGGUAAAUGUAAAUAUUUUUUGUUGUUGUUUGUUUUGUAAUAAAUACUAUUUUGAA